GCCUCGGUGGUGGGUGCAGCAGGCCCGGUGCGCCAUGGGGUGGGGAGCGGACUCCAGCUGCACCCCGCGCCCGCCCAUCCGCCGGCGGCCCGCGCCCGAACGCCGCGUGGUGGUCGUGCUCUUCCUGGGCCUGCUGCUGGACCUCUUGGCCUUUACGCUGCUGUUGCCCCUGCUACCCGGGCUGCUGGAGAGCCACGGCCGCGCGCACGUGAGACCCCCGCCUGCCCGGGCGCGCGGGCCGCUCCUGACCUGUCCCUGUCGCUCAGGUCUGAUCGGCUCGGCCUUCUCCUUCCUGCAGUUCCUCUCCGCGCCGCUCACCGGGGCCGCCUCCGACUCCCUGGGGCGGCGCCCAGUGAUGCUGCUGUCCCUGGCGGGUCUGGUUGCCUCCUAUGCAGUGUGGGCAGCAUCCCGGAGCUUCGCGGCCUUUCUGGCCUCCAGGGUGAUUGGGGGCAUCAGCAAGGGGAACGUCAGCCUCUCCACAGCCAUCGUUGCUGACCUGGGCUCACCUCCAGCCCGCAGCCAAGGCAUGGCAGUGAUUGGAGUGGCUUUCUCCUUGGCCUUCACACUGGGCCCCAUGCUCGGUGCCUCCCUGUCUGUGGAGAUGGCACCCUGGCUCAGCCUCUUCUUCGCAGUCUCCAACCUGCUCUUCAUCUUCUGCUUCCUGCCAGAGACGCUACCCCCAGAGAAGCGCGCACCCUCCGUCGCCCUGGGCUUCCGCGCUGCUGCUGACCUGCUCAGCCCAGUGGCCCUCCUGCGCUUUGCAGCUGUUGCUCGAGGCCAGGACCCACCUACCAGAGACAAGCUUGGCAGCCUGCGCGGCCUGGGCCUGGUCUACUUCCUCUACCUCUUCCUGUUCUCGGGGCUGGAGUACACACUGAGCUUCCUGGCGCACCAGCACUUCCAGUUUAGCAGCCUGCAGCAGGGCAAGAUGUUUUUCUUCAUCGGUCUCACCAUGGCCACCAUCCAGGGCACCUAUGCUCGGCGAAUCAGCCCUGGCCGGGAAGUGGCAGCUGUCAAGCGGGCCCUGCUGCUGCUGGUGCCAGCCUUCCUUCUCAUUGGCUGGGGACACUCACUGCCCGUGCUGGGCCUGGGGCUGCUGUUCUACUCCUUUGCCGCUGCUGUCGUGGUGCCUUGCCUGUCCUCCAUGGUUGCCAGCUAUGGUUCUCCAGGACAGAAGGGCACUGUCAUGGGCACUCUGCGGAGCCUGGGUGCCCUGGCCAGAGCGGUGGGGCCCAUGGUAGCUGCCUCAGUGUACUGGCUGGCUGGGGCCCAGGUCUGCUUCACCGUGUGCUCGGGGCUCUUCCUGUUCCCCUUCCUCCUCUUGCUGAAGCUGAGACAUCCAGCGCCAGUUCUCAAGGCCGAGUAGCUGAGCUGCGUGGCCCACACGGGGCCACCCUUGCUCUAAGUGGGAGCCUGGACCAGAGCCCCUGUCCCCAAGUUUCUGCCUUCCCAGAGAGGCUUGCCCACUCUUCCCCCACCCCGGGGUGGGAUGGGGCGAGUCUGGGCAGCCUUACUCUCUUCUCACUCCAGAGGCCCAGGCAGGGUUGGUGACACCAAGAAUAUCAAGUUUUCUGUUCGUUACUGUCAUUGGUGAUGUUGGCCACUGCCCAGGCUUCUUAAUGUCCAAUAAAGCAACUAUUUUCUACCAA